CAUUCACUGAAACCAAAGCAACAGUCGGAGGAGCUUUCAGAAUGACAGUACGCAGAAGUGAACAGUGCUUGUUCAUUGAACAGGGUCAUCCUGGCUUCUGUGCUCCAACGCAGUUUCCUUAGCUGGAUCGGGAGUGCUAACUAUGAGAACUGCUGCCCAAUGGAAUACAGACGGGUGAAUUCAGACAGCUGAGCAUCACUUGGAGGAAUCUAUCAUGCUUUGCACGGGGAGAUUUUAAAGCAGCUCGUUUCUAAAUGUAAAGAUGCAAAAACGCACCAUCCAUGAAGAUCCUAUUACCUAGGAAGAACUUGACAUUCUGCUGCAAAUGCUGUGUUGGGAUUUAUUUAUUCUUGGGAUGUUCUGCAUGGCUGGCAAAGAAUAAUGUUCCAAAAUCGGUCCAUCUCCCAAGGGGUCCAAUUUUUCUUCCUGGGUGUCAGCAAGCCCUGACUCACCACAGAGCAGCUGACAGGGGCUGUCAUGCUUGUGGCACCCUAAGCAAAAGCAAAAGACCUAACGACGACCUUUGAAAACACAAAGGAUGGGUUUCAAUGUAUUUAGGCUACUGAGCGGAUCAGCUGUAGCCCUGGUAAUAGCCCCUACUGUAUUACUGACAAUGCUUUCUUCUGCUGAACGAGGAUGCCCAAAGGGCUGUAGGUGCGAAGGCAAAAUGGUAUAUUGCGAGUCCCAGAAAUUACAGGAGAUACCCUCAAGUAUAUCAGCUGGUUGUUUAGGUUUGUCCCUCCGAUACAACAGCCUCCAGAAACUAAAAUACAAUCAGUUUAAAGGUCUUAAUCAACUCACCUGGCUCUAUCUAGACCAUAACCACAUCAGCAAUAUCGAUGAAAAUGCUUUCAAUGGAAUACGCAGGCUAAAAGAGUUGAUUUUAAGUUCCAACAGAAUUGCCUAUUUUCUUAAUAACACCUUCAGACCAGUAACAAAUCUCCGGAACUUGGAUCUGUCAUAUAAUCAGCUGCAGUCUCUGGGAGCUGAACAAUUCAGGGGCUUAAGGAAGCUGCUGAGUUUACAUUUGCGGUCCAAUUCCCUGAGAACAAUCCCUGUCCGAAUUUUCCAGGACUGUAGGAACCUCGAACUCUUAGACCUGGGCUACAACAGAAUCCGAAGCUUAGCAAGGAAUGUCUUUGCAGGCAUGAUCAGGCUGAAAGAGCUUCACCUGGAGCACAAUCAAUUUUCUAAGCUUAACUUGGCUCUUUUUCCAAGGCUAGUCAGCCUCCAGAACCUUUAUUUACAGUGGAAUAAAAUCAGUGUUAUAGGACAAACGAUGUCCUGGACCUGGAGCUCAUUACAAAGGCUUGAUUUAUCUGGCAAUGAAAUAGAAGCUUUCAGUGGACCUAGUGUUUUCCAGUGUGUGCCCAAUUUACAGCGUCUCAACCUGGAUUCCAACAAGCUCACAUUUAUUGGUCAAGAGAUUUUGGAUUCUUGGAUAUCUCUCAAUGACAUCAGCCUUGCUGGGAAUAUAUGGGAAUGCAGCAGGAACAUUUGCUCCCUGGUAAACUGGCUAAAAAGUUUUAAAGGGCUGAGGGAAAAUACAAUUAUCUGUGCCAGCCCCAAAGAGCUGCAGGGGGUGAACGUUAUUGAUGCAGUGAAAAAUUACAGCAUAUGUGGCAAAAGUACUACAGAGAGGUUUGAAUUGCCACAGGCUUUCCCAAAGCCAACCUUUAAACCCAAAGUCAUCAGGCCUAAGCAUGACAGCAAGCCCCCUCUGCCCCCCACCGUCGGGUCCACAGAAGCCAGCUCAGAGCCUGAGCACGACACAGAACACAUCUCUUUCCACAAAAUCAUAGCAGGGAGUGUGGCCCUUUUCUUGUCUGUGCUUGUGAUCCUGCUGGUAAUCUAUGUGUCGUGGAAGCGGUACCCUGCCAGCAUGAAGCAGCUGCAGCAGCGCUCUCUCAUGCGAAGGCACAGGAAGAAGAAACGGCAGUCGCUGAAGCAGAUGACUCCAACCACACAGGAAUUUUAUGUCGAUUAUAAGCCAACUAACACCGAGACCAGUGAGAUGCUGCUGAACGGGACGGGACCCUGCACAUAUAGCAAAGCAGGCUCCAGGGAAUGUGAGAUACCUUUAUCUAUGAACGUGUCAACAUUUCUUGCAUAUGACCAGCCUACAAUAAGUUACUGUGGUGUACACCAUGAACUUCUUGCUCAUAAGCCCUAUGAAUCUAAUGCACAGGAAGAAACAAUGGAAACACACUUAGAGACUGAUUUGGAUCUGAGCACAAUCACAACGGUAGCACGAAAUCAGUGAUACAUUCAGUGGCCUGAAAUACAGCCAAGGGUUGCCACCAUUUUUUUUUCACAUGAAGGAUGAAAUGAAGAUUUCUUCAGUAAUGGAUUCCAAAAUUCCUGUUCUGUUGAAAUUUACACAUUCAGAUACAGAUUGUUUGAUGUCUACAAUUUAUAAUUAGCUAAGUUGUGCAGUAUUUUUUGACUUUAAAAACAGAGUACAAUCCUUAAAAUAAAUCUUUUUUCAAAACUCAUCCUACCUACCUGUAAAAAAACAAAACUGUACAGAUCUAAUGUAUUUUUUCAUAUUGUAAAGUUUCAAUAUACUGAGAUGUACUGGUAUGUACAGGACCAUGAUUUAAUUACAUUUUACUUUGCAAAUUUCAGUUUCUAAAAUUUUAAAUUAACAAAAGUUUUAUCUUGUGUUAUAUUCAGAGUUUCUCAGUUUUGUAGAAACUGUUUUGUUACUGCUUUUGUGCCCAGAAAGAAAACUUCACUCUGAAAUUCUGUGCUGUGCAAAAUCUGCACACUGACUGUGCAGGAAAUUCUAUCUAUUUGUUCCAGAAAUAAUCCAUUAACCAAAUGGAGGGGUGGAUUGUACAAGAUUACAGAGACAAUGUUUUUUUUUCCUAUUAAAAAGAAUCAAAGUUUUUUUAAAACAGUUCUCAGAAUUAACUGUUGCCUUGUAUUGCAGCCUGGUUUGUAAAGCAAUGAAAUGUAAUGAUAAAGAGGGAUAUUUUAUCAAUGCAUCUGUGAAUGAAUGACUCAUUGUCCUAUUCCUUCAUGUAGUACUGCAUCAAAAAACAGAAAAACACACCACAGUGAAUAAGGGGACUGAAGACAAAGGAAGUAACCACAGCAACAAAGUUACAUUCAGUGAAUGGCUGACCAGGAUGCAGUUUUAGUUAGUUUCUAAGUAAUUCAGAUAAAGCAACCAGGUAGCCAUGACAAUUAGAUGUAUUUUAAUUCUUCAAGUAUUCAAUCAGUACAAGCACCAGCAGUAUGCUUUUAUGGCUGUUUCAUCCUGAAAAUUAGCCAAUAAGCCAAUUCCCUGGUUUUACAAUUAAAAAUAAGUUUUGGGAUGCAUAGUACAAUGCAUGUAAAAAGUUGUCUAAAGAGGCCUGAAUGUUGGCUUUUGGAAAUGCCAUUUGGACAUAACAAAUUACAGAUGGAGAAUAAAAUGUAGAGACAAGUCACACAUAUCCUUUUGGGAAUAGGGUUCAGUCAUGUUGCCCUUUUUAGGGGUUAUCUCUGACUGAAUGAAGAGGUAGUAAAUUAAUCCUCCAAACAAUUGUCAUGGGCACAGAUCCUUAUUUGGCACAGCCACAGAAAUGGAUUUUAAGGGCAGGUUCACAUAUUACCUAACCUCCUACCCUUCCCACAUGCAUAUUUGCACCGUUGUAUGUAUUCUGCAACAUGCAUAUAACCUGAAUGUUCCAUGCACAGGCUCAUUUGCUUUUAGAUUUGAUUGACAUCAUCUGACACACACACACACAGCUGUGGCCAACUGGGAAAGACUAUAUGAAUUGGAACUACAUAUGGAUGUGCCCUUUACAUGCAGAACCCACAUUAUCUCAUUGCCUAACCAGUGUAAUAAGAGGCAUUUAUGCACCCACCAUCCAACCUUCUUGCAGCUGGGUCCUCCUUUAAGCUAAUGCAGGAACCAGCCCCCAGUUUGGAUCUGUGCUCAUGACUGCCUACAGGUUACAGCUACUUUACCUCCAUAUUCAGUUAAAGAUGACAAAAAUAAGUCAGACAAAAAGAAAGCCCCCAAAACCAUAAUGAGAUUAUCUCCCUCUCCUCUAUAUUUACAGGUAACUUAAUAAGGAAAGAUAUUGACCAAAAAGUAAGAAAUGUUUUAUUGUAUCACAGAAGCAAUUAUAGAGAAAGACCUCUAAAUAAUAUUUAAAUAUUUAAGGUGUCUAAAAUCUAAAUAAAUUGGUCAUGAAUUCUAGCUGUUCAUACAGAAUGUCUGCUGACUGCCACCCAAUUACUGGUUUUUGAGAAGGAAAUCUUCAUAUUUUAGCUUCAAUAAUGCUAACAACACUGGACUAUAGCAACAGAGGUUACAGUACAAUUACUUUAAAAAUAUGGAAGGUUACAUAAGUUAAAAGAUUCAUCCUCUGGGGUUCUGACUAGGGAUAAGUAUUCAGAAUUACCUGGGUUUUCCAAAAGGUUAGGGCAAAACGUUUCAUACAGUAGUAACAAAUAUCUUCUUUUUAUAUAUAAAUAAAGAGAAA